GUGUGUCACUUGUCUAAUACAUGGUGGGUAGUUGUACUCUCUUAUUCAGCUGGAGAGAGGGAGACAGCGACAGAGAGAAAACAGAAGGAUCACUCACCAACUAAAGUACUAAAACAGUAAAGAAAGUUUUAUUUUCUUCCUUUGGUUUUUUGCAACUUUCAAUCAAUCAGAACAACUCACCAAAGGAAAGGUCUCUCAGAGAGAAUGGCAGUUUUCAGCACAGCAGCUUUGAGUUUGCUGCUGGCUGUGAGCAGCUUUCAGAUCAGCCAGCUGACCGAAGCGUGCACUUGCAUGCCAAAUCAUCCUCAAGACGCUUUCUGCAGUUCUGACAUAGUUAUUCGGGCAAAAGUGGUUGGGAAGAAACUACUGAAUGAUGGUCCUUUUGGGACAAUGCGCUACGCUGUCAAACAGAUGAAGAUGUACCGUGGCUUCAACAAAGUGCAACAGGUUCAGUACAUCUACACAGAAGCCUCUGAGAGCCUGUGUGGUGUCCGCCUGCAAGUGAACAAAUUCCAGUACUUGAUCACAGGUAGAGUUCACGACGGUAAAGUCUACACAGGAGUAUGUAACUUUAUCGAGCCUUGGGAGAAGCUCACCUUCGCGCAACGUAAGGGUCUUAAUUAUCGCUACAAGAUUGGCUGCAAUUGCAAGAUCAAACCCUGCUAUUACUUGCCAUGCUCUGUGACAGCAAAGAAUGAAUGCCUGUGGACAGAUAUGCUGUCUGACCAGGGAUACAUGGGAUAUCAGGCCAAAAACUACGGCUGCAUGGAAUAUAAAGGCUACUGCAGUUGGUACAGAGGAGCAUCCACGGUAGACAAAAGCAAGAUCAAUGCCACAGACCCCUGAAAGGGACACUCCUCUGUAAACAAAAAAUGCUGGCCAGCAAGGCUGUCCUUUUGUGUGACCAGCCACAACUUAGUGCCUGUCUGCUCGCACUAUUAGUAUGUCAAACACAGACUUUAUCUAGGCCAUUUUCUUAUUUUCUCAGAAUUACUCUUAAAUUACCCAGUGCUUGGGCCAUUUGACUCCAUGUCAAUUAAUAUUUCUUCAGAUUUGCUCCUUACAGUAUAUUACUGAGCUUCAUACAUAUAUAUACGUAUUAAUAUUGGAGUGGUUUGAGUUAUACAUUACUGCUACCGUCCUUUAUAAAUGAAGCUGCCUUACUCCAAAAGGUUUCAGGUUCAGAAAUUUUGGAUACGUUCUGUUAAUAUUUAAAGAUCUUCAAAUUCUGACCAUUCGUGUUUCUUGUAAAGUUCACUGCUUAGAGGCAGCUCCGCCACCUGCUUGGUUGAUGAGGUCAAACAACUUUAUCGUUCACGGCUGAACUAAUUCCACUCCGAGAAAAGAUUCAUAAGUGUGCUUUUCUCCUUUUACACUCACAGUGCAGGAAUUAAUCUCAGUGUCACAAAGCGUGUCCCCCCGUCCGCCGAGACUAACCACUGGGCAGGCUUGCUGCUGCGUUUGAAAUGCUGAAACUAGCUCCUUUACCCAGAUCACAGAAUGCCUGCAAUUUUUUUUUAAACAAAGACCUGCAUUGGCUUAUGGACAAAUCAAAUUAGGCAUUGCCUCUUUUUGUGCUUCUAUGUGCAGCCAAUGGCAGAAGACCUAGUCUCCCACCAAUGGCUAACACAAUGCAGAAGUACAAGCACAUUUCCUGAGAAGCAGAAGUUGAACGGCCUUCUACUUAAUGCUUCCGGGUUUCAGCCUGCAUGAAAAAUGAACGUAUGUGCAGAAAUGUGAUGCCCAAAGUACCAGAAAGAUCUCUGGAUUGCACGGCAGAAAAAUGGAACUUGACUAAAUGAGGAGAAUUCUCUCUCCUCCAUGAUCCUGCUCAUUGCUGGGUGGGAUCACACUAGAGAGUGUUGGAAACCAGACUGCUUUUCCUCAAGGGGAACCAGCAUUGCCUUCCUAAUCUGCACACAUGUGGGGCUAAGGAUUCCAAAGAGCCUUUGCCGACUUCCAUCAGUUUCUGGGGCUGUAAUGAGGAUGUUGCUGUAAAUACCAACUAGAGCACAAGGCUGAUGCUAAACUUUCAGCUGCAACUUGCAUUAAUGAAGCACAUUUCAUAUGGAAAGAUACACUAGGGUGCUUUAGUGAAUUACAGGCAAACAAGCAAACGACCUUAUAGUUGUAAUGUGUAACCCUGUAGACUGAAGUUUACAGGAGCUAUUGCACAAUUACUGAGUACCAAUGUUCAAAGUGAAUGUUCCGAACUUGAGGUAAUGGGCAGCAUCCUUCAUAUAGCUACAGAACACUUCCAAUCAAUUGCAAUUUGCAAUGCCAAGCAACACAAAUGAUGGGGUUUUAAGCAGGCUGUCAAAUGUCUGUUUUGUAUCCAAUAAUUACAAUAAUUCCUACCUGGACUUGCAGAGCUACCCUACUUAAUAUUUCAUACCACUCCUAAUAUUUUCACACAAGUGUCACUUAUAUUAUGAUCAACAGAUAUUCUAGAACAUAAAUCACCCAAAGUUUUGUGGCAGAAAGAAACACCCAACUAUAUAUAAUCUGUUUAAAUUUUAUCAACUAGUUACAUGAGCUAUAUUUUACUCAACAUAUAGCUGUACGAGUGGGCAUUUCAUCCUUGUGGAUAACAUCUUUAAUUGCUUGAAAAGUAUUCUGUGUUGUGCCAGGAUUAUAGGUUGGGCAAGAAACAUACAGAACUCUUGAGAAGAAAAAAAAAUGGAAUUCAAAGCUCUUUUUCCAAAAGUUCAAAGGUUAUUUUGCUUUGUUCUAUCUUUGUCUUUGUAAAUUCGGUUUAUUUUCUUAUUGCUUACCUGGUUUGGUGGUUCAUGUGAAGUUGUUAACAUUAUGUACACCGAUGAUAAGUACAGAGAUCAGGUUGUGUUGUGUUUGUACACAUUUUCUGUCUUUGUCUAACUGUUUAAUAAGGGCAUGGUUUUGGAGGGGGAGGCGGAGUUGGGAUUCAAACAAAGCAAUUAAACGAUAAGGUGAAAUUAAGCUUUCCUGAUGGAAUGUACUUGUUGCUAAAUUCGCAGCAUUAUUUGCAGAUUUCUCUGUGUUAUUUAUGAAUUUUAUAUUUCAUGAAUGUAAAUUGACUUUUAAGAAAU